AUGUCUGAAGAAAAGCCUUUAAUCUUCGCUCCGGAGACAUACCAGUAUGACAAGUUUCAGUUGGAGGAUAGUAAAGUUGAAGACUCUCCUAUAACUCAGUUCAAGAAAUGGUUUGAUGAAGCCUUGAAAGAAGAAGAUAUACCAGAAUCUGUCACUUUAUCAACUGCUUCUCUACCAUCCGGAAGAAUUUCCUCAAGAGUUGUUUUGCUCAAAGAGUUAGAUGAUAAGGGUUUUGUGAUUUUCUCAAACUGGGAUAAGUCAAAGAAAGCUUUGGAUCUCCAAACAAACAAGUACGUGGCUUUGAACUUCUUCUGGAAAAAAUUGCAGAGACAAGUGAGAGUUGAAGGUAUUGCAGAAUUUACCUCCAAGAAAGUGAAUCAGGACUACUUCAAUACUAGACCAAGAGGCUCUAAGAUUGGUGCGUGGUCUAGUCCGCAAUCUCAAAUUAUUGAAACCAGAGAGAAACUAGAAAAAAUCGUUACAGAAAAUACUAAAAAGUUUGAAGGUGUCAAAGAUGACGAAAUUCCUUGUCCAGAAUAUUGGGGAGGUAUCAGAAUUGUUCCAUUGGAAGUGGAAUUUUGGCAAGGUAGACCAAGCCGUUUGCAUGAUAGAUUGACUUUUAGAAGAGAAAAAGUUACCGAUGAGUUCGAAAUGGUGCGUAUUGCCCCUUAG